UCUCAUUUUGGGACUUGGAGGCACCAGCAGAGGUUUUCAGCAGAUCUCGCAACCUUUGCAACAUGACGGAGUCAGCUGAAGCUGUAGCAGUCGAUGUGAGCAGCAAGAGGAGUGUAACCAUUGAAAUCACAAAUGUUACCAACAACUACUGCCUCAUCAACCCCAGGGUGUUCCUUGACAGCGGGGAGACAUACCACCCACCUCAGCCCACAGUGCGUCCUCUAAAGACCGAGGUUUGCACCUUCACCAAAUCUGGCAGCAAAGCAACUGGCAGUGUUGGUGUGCUGACCUAUGACCUCUUUGAGCGCUCACAGAACGACUACAUUGAGACUCUGGCCAUCAUGUUCUCAGUUCCCUGGGACUACAACUUGUACGCAAACUGGUUUGCAGUAGGCAUCAAUAAAAAGGGCCGUAACUGCGAUGAGAAUUUGUACAAAGAAAUGUACUAUGCAAAGAACCAGCAAGAGCAAGGGUUUGUAAGGGAGGAAGCCAAUGGGUCAGGAAUCAGUUAUGUGGGAAACUACCUGGAUGUCAAGGCUACGAUGAGUCCCAUGGGCAACUCCAUCAUGAAGGUGGAGGUGUGGGAUAAGGUUUUCACACCCCUGGGCCAGUAGGCAUAGUAGACACGCCUCCCAAAGAUUGUUUCUGUCAUGUGUCCUGACAGCAGAAUUCAUCCCUCCACCCCAAGCUUUUAUCUGACAGACUGUUUCUAACACAGUCAACACACAUGAUUUAACAAAUGUAUCGUUGCUGACAUUUGUCUGUGUACCUGGGCAUUGACCUACAGUAAAUCUGCUUAAGAUCAGAAUUUAGUUUGCUUGUUUACCCAGGCAGCAAUAUCCCUCCCUUUAUAACCAAAGCUGUUUUCUGUUUCAAUAGCAUCUAGUUUUAAUGUGGC